CUCCGCUGGCGGAAGUCGGGUGUGAAGAACGCGGAAGUCUUGAAAGCGAAAGGCGCGUUUCUGUGGCAACGGAGGGUUUUUUUUUCCCCCUCGCCAACCUGCGAAGAAAAUGGAAGAGCCCGGUGUCUACAGGUGCAUUGAGUGCAACCGGAAAGCUGCUGAAUUGUACAAGGACUACCAGCGCGGUGUGCUGCGCAUCUCUAUCUGCAAAUCUUGUCAGAAACCAGUGGACAAAUAUAUAGAAUAUGAUCCUGUUAUCAUCUUAAUUAAUGCUAUAUUAUGCAAAGCACAGGUUUAUAGACAUAUUCUGUUCAACACAAAAAUAAACAUUCAUGGGAAGCUCUGUAUAUUCUGUUUGCUUUGUGAAGCUUAUCUCAGAUGGCUGCAGCUACAGGAUUCAAGCCAGAAUCCUGAUCCCGAUGACUUCAUUAGAUAUGCUAAAGAAUGGGAUUUUUAUCGAAUGUUUGGAAUAGCAUCUCUGGAACAAACUGCCUUUUUGAUUGGCAUAUUCAUUAUUCUGUGGUCAGCAAAACCUGUAGAUCUAAGAACCAAAGCAGACUUCACCUUUCUUCUGAAAGCAUUACUACUGUCCAGCUAUGGAAAGCUUCUCCUCAUUCCAGCUGUUAUUUGGGAACAUGACUAUACUCAUUUAUGCCUCAAGCUCAUUAAAGUGUUUGUGUUGAUAUCAAACUAUCAAGCAAUUAGAGUUACUUUGAACACAAGCCGGAAACUUUGUCUGGUGGCCAUUUUGAACGGAUUAAUUUUGGAAAAUAGUGUCUUCUAUUUGUUCCAGAGGAUAGGAUGGAAUCUUUUGGAUAAUCUUGUUCAAUUAAACUAAUGGUCAAAAGAAUCUGAAAAUGUAAGGAAAGGUGUACCUUUGAAGUCAUUUACUUUCCACAGUUCACUACAAGUUAUAAAGACAAUCAUGGAGAAAUAUCAAAUGUAAAUAAAAUUAUCCAUAUUGAACCAAGGACGAUAACAUACAGAACAAGAAUCAAACCCAGGAAAUUUAGGUAUGAUGCACUUGUAUUUAAUUUUGAAAUCAUACUUCAGUGUUUUUAGUACUUCAGUGUUUUUAGUUUUUUCAAAAGGUUCUCAGUGCUGCACUAUCUUGGAUAGUUAAAAUCCAUUUAUGCUCCAUUUUCCUACUACACUAUUUUGUAUUUUGCACUGGAAAAAAUGAAGCUCCAUUAACUGUUUCAUUACAAAGACAGAAAUCAGCUGACUGAAAGGAAACAUAAACAUUGUCCUGAGAAAACAUGUGACUUCAUUAGGCCUUCUCAAGUCUUUAGGUUGCCAUCCUAUAUUUGUGUAAUAUUGAAGUAAGUCCCACUGCAUUUCAUGGAAUUUCUUCUGAGCUCGUCUAGAAUUGUAAGAUCAGUAUAGGCUGUUUUGUUGCAGCGAAAAUGAUCUUGGCAACAAGGUUUUAUAAUUGUCACUUUGAAUUAAACAUCAUUUUCAAUUUAUUUGUGAGUAAGCAGGUGUAGAAUUGCAUACGAAAUGUAAUUUCAUUAAGAGCUUUGCUUAUAUGCCAUCUAACAAUUCAAGUAUCUAGAGAGGAAAAUCUCAGUUUUUCCCAUUUCUAGAAACCACAUCUGUUACCUGGUACCUCACCUGUAUUUUGCCAAAGUAUUGCACUUCUAGAGGCAACUGCCAUGUGAAUAACACUCUACCAGGCCAAAGUGAGAAACCUGGUGGUUAGCUGAGCAUCUCUUGAAGAUUGUUUGCGUUUUUUAAUGCUUUUGAACAUUAGGAAAGUAGCUGAAAAACCAUUGUUUUCAAAGUAAAUUGUAUCUGUAGCUGCACUGUGCAACACAGAUGAGUUGUACUGCAGAGAGAAACAAAUUUUAAUAUAUUACCUCAGCAUGAGAGAAUUGAUGUAUUAACAACAUCUGAUUUCUAUGAGCAAGAGUACUCAGAUACUUCUUACUCUUGAUUUUUUUUCAGCUAAUAUUUUAGUUAGCAGGGCAAUUAAUAGAUCGUGGCAAGGUUAAACACUAUUACAACUUAGGGAAACUAUUAGCUGCUGCUUGAAAAUUAAUUGCUAUUAAUCUCUUUUUCCAUAUUUUACACAUUGGAGAGGGUGCAAGGUAAAGCCCAGAAGAAAGGGUUCUUUCGACUUUGCUGUCAUUUUCCAUGGAAAUGUGUUCACAGACAUUACAGUAGUGUAAACAGUUGAGUCACAGAACUUUCAGCUACUAAAUUAACAACAUUGUGGUUUUGCAACAUUUUAUCAGAGAUGGUCCACAUCUAUGAGGUGAAGAGUCACCUCAAUCAGGAUCAAGAGUGUAUCAUCUGACUCUCAAACAAAGACAGAAGAGCAAGAGAUGGGAGUUAUAGAAAGGGAAUUAAGUAAAUUAGAAAUAAAGGAAGAUACUGAAGGGGGCGCAAAUCAGGCUGGAAAAGAGGAAGAUUUAAAGGGGGAAGAAGGAAGGGGUGAGGUAGAAGCAUGUUAGAGGAGAGAGGGAAAAGAAGAGCUUGUAGAGUUGAUCCAAGAAGACCUUUGGACAGGAGAGUGGAUGGAAUUCUAAGUGGCCCAUGUGUAUGCUGAAAAGGAAUGGAGACAACAAUGUAUAGAAGGCCACCUUACUGGGGGGAGAUGGAGGAGAGAAAGCAAAAGAAAGAGUACGAAGCAUGGGUAAAGAGGGAAGAACAGAGAAGAGAAAGGCAGAGAUGUAUAGUGAGUCCAGAGAAAUCCUGUGGGCCCAACCCCUUCAGACCCUGACGGACAACAGUUCAUGGCUCAAUAAAGGGGGGAUGCCAAGAAGAUUCGACGUUCAAUCCACAGGGGCAGAGAACAUGCCUAAGUUAAUGAGUGCCAAACCCAAAUGGGCUCACAAUAUUACCAGUUACUCCCCGUUGUCAUACCAUGAAGAGAUACCCAAUUUUAAUAAUGUUAAGACUCAUGAUUUAUUGUUGAAUUUGGAUAAUGAUAGACAAGACUCAAAAACUGAUGAAGACGAGGUAAAUAAUAAACAAGUUUUAUUGGAAGAAUUGAGUGUGACAAUUGCUUCUUCGGACAAAGUUAGGAAAAAGGAGGUAGAUGACAGGCGGCAAGAUCACAGUAUCUAAUCAUCAUGGAUUCUGGUGAUUAAUAAUUAAUCAACCAAUAUUUCCCAAGUUACUUUUUGGUCUAGAAUUGCAACUGGUGACUAAACAAGUGGGAGGUUUGUCUUUGGGCUGCCCCAAAUGGUAAGGUGGUAUGUGGCACCUGUGUUAGUGGCUAUUGCAUAUCCCUGUUAUGUUACAUAUUGUUUUAAAGUUUUAUUCAUUUUCAAAAGUUGCUUUGAUUAGGAUGAGUGGUUUUCUGCUUUUUAGGCAGAAUUCUUGAACAGUUCUCUCCACCUAGAAAAGUACAGUAGAUAGUGGGUCAAAGAUUCUAGUAUAACUUUCUUCUGAUUGUCUUCAAUAUGCAGGACAAUUUUUGUGUGGAGGAACAUUUAGUUAUGCAAGUCCCCAUCAGCCAUGAAAUUGGCAACACUGCAGAUCUGAAACCACAUGUUAAGUAAGUUAUGGUCAUCUGGACCCCACAUCAGAAUCCAUAUUUACUCUGAAACAAAUCACAGUAAACUCAGAUGGACUUCCUUUUGAUUAAGUGUGCACAUGUUUGCAAUCUAAACUAUAUAGCACAGGGGGUGGACUAACAAUCAAGACUUUGUUAUUGACUCUUCUUCUUACUGCACCAUCUUAGGAUAAUUUGUAUGAAUUGAUUUACUCCAGCAGAGACACUUCCAUGGACAUGAAAGAAGAUAUUGAUUUCUUCCUCCCUAGGUAUCUUUUAAAUAUGCUGUUCAAGCAUGUGCUUUCAGUUUCUCUACAGACCAGGUUGUCCAAUAAGAGGUCUUGAAGCUCUUGCUCUUCAUUUUGACAUUUCAGCAUGGUAGCUUUUUAUAUACAGCGAUUCUCCAAAGGCUCUCUUCUCUUUAACUGCUCAAAACAAUUUAAGCAAUAGCUUACGCAAUUCAGAUGACAUAGUUACUGUUUGUGUUAUAGCCUUGGUAAGUGAUAGAUCUCAGGUUAUUUUAGAUUAGCUCUGGAAGCCUAAAAUGAAAUUUUUGAACAUUAAACAUUUCUUUCUGGAAUGGGAAAAUAACUUAGUUGUAGAUAGAUCUUCCAAAUGUCCCCAGCCAUAUUGUAAAGGCAUACUGGCUCCUUAAUACUUUAAAGAACUGGAAACAGAGGAAGGAUUGGGCUAUCAAUUUAGACCAAAUGUGCGCAACUGUGGCCUUACAGAUGUGUUUUACCUACAAUUUCCCACACACCCUAGCCAGCUGAGCUGAAUAUGAUGGACUGUGGGAACUGCCAUCUGGAGGGUCACAGUUAUCUACUCCUGUCUUUAAGAUUAUACUAGCAUUAAAUGAUAGAUUUUUCCCUACAGUAUUCUUGCUUGAGGGCGUGGAGAGAUCUCAAAUAUCGCCUUCUUUGUUUUAAACUGCAAACAUCUUAACAAUUCUGAUUGUUCAAAUUUGUUGGAGAAGACCAUUAAAUAUAGUAAGUUAUAUGUAGUUUGUCCCAAAGAAAUUUAUACUGACUUUUGAAAUGCUAACAUAAGAGAGAAUCACAUUUUUGACAUAAGAGGGAAGUCCACAGCAGGAGGACAUUUUCUUCCCUGAAAUGCUGCUGUCUUUGCGAAUUUCCAAAGAAUGCCAAAUGAAUGUAGAAACAGCUCCAAGCAACAUGUUGUGCAAUCUGAACUUUGAGUUGUUUCACAGGAAUGUGUUUUCAGCAUCAGGAUUUGCAUUUUACAGAUAAGUUGGUAUGUUAUUAAGGAAGCUAAUUCUCUUGCUUUCUUUGGCAAUGUAUAAGCUCCUCAGUAGUUCAGGGCUGCUGAGUAAACAAUUUCGUAACACAGCCUUAAAACGUUUACUCAGAGCAGAAAGGCUAUACUGUCCUAUGUUGGUUCAUUGAAUAAACAACUAUAGUGCAACAUAUUUUCAUCUCCAUCAAUCCUAGGGAAAAAUGAGUAUUUUUUUAAUUGGUAGCCAUUUUAGGGUUGAGUUAGGCAUAGUUUCCUGUAAGCAAGCAGAAAAUCUCUUCCCAUAUGUCCUUUGUAUAUCCAGAAAGCUUAGCUAAAUUGGAUCAAGACUGUCCCACCAUGACCAGAGCUCAAAAUGCUGCUUUUUAAAAGGAACUCAUUAUGUUACUACUUUGGACCAUCAGGAGUUUGCUAAGUUAUCCCUAUCUGCAAAAGUAUGGUUCCAAAUGUUAACUCUUUUGGCCUCCUUACAUAUCACCAUUUUAACAUCCUGGACUAUGAGGAGUGAGUUGGACAAAUAGCUGUUUUGUGGGAGAUACAUUCUGACAUAUGGAGGUGCUAAACCAUUAAGGGCUUCAUAGGUCAUGACCAUUACCUCGAAAUGGACACAAAAAUUAAAAGGGAGCCAAUGAAGGCAUGCCAAGACAGGAGAUAUGUGUUUGUAUCUGCUAUUAUCAAUGUUUACUCCGGUUAUCACAUUUUGGUAAAUGUGGUAUUUUCUC